UCUUGCUUUGUUACAAGCCAUGUAGAUAAACAUAAGCUAUCUACAAGUAUUAGUGUGCGAUAUUGUACAGCUAUCGAGGCAGCUCUCGCACAACUGUACGUCGACAAUAAAAUAUGGCUGAGGGUAAAAAGGCUUGGGGAAAAACCGACUUUUGGGGCAUUGGAUAUGAAUACGACCCACAAUGGUACUUUACUAAGGAACAGCAGCAGCUCCAGGUUUCGAUCAUCGAACUCUGCAGGACAACUCUGAGACCAAAUGCGAUAAAAUAUGACAAAACAUACGAGUUUCCCAGGGACAAUAUCAAUGCUUUGGCAACACUUGGGCUUCUUGGUCUCAUUAUACCAAAGGAGCUCGGCGGGCUCGGUGAAAGCCACGUGUGUGCCGCUAUGGUGGUGGAAACCAUUGCAAGAUAUGGAUGCCCAAGUACAGCGAUGGUCUAUGUUAUGCAUUCGGCAUCACUUGCUACUCUCCUUCUUCGUUACCAUAACAACAACACUAUCAAAGAUCUUCUGAGACGAGUUAAUAAAGAUCGCCUUCUUGGGACCCUAAUGUACAGUGAUCCUGCAACAGGAGGGCAUUUCUGGUUCCCCUUGUCGUCUAAAGCAGUGAAGAUGGACGAUGGACGUUUCCAAGUGCUGAAAAGCUCUUCCUGGACGACAAGUGCUGGUUUCGCAGACUUCUAUUGUGCCCAGACAGCCAGUCCAGGGUUCGGAGGAGAUUAUUCGAAUUUAUCGGUAUUCCUUCUGUUUAAGAACGAAGUUCGGUCGAACACCGAUGAUUGGUCUGCUUUGGGUAUGCAUGGUAACCAAUCCGGACCAAUCAUGGCUGAGGGUAUCCUGCACCCAGAUCGUUUAGUUGGUCCAAUAGGCGAUGGCAGGUUCUCUAACGACGAAUGUGUCGAUCCUUGGUUUCUACUUUUGUCUUCCUCCGUGUGGAAUGGCAUUUCAAUGGGUUGUAUUGACAUCGCCAAGAAACAUACUACUCAGAAACGACACGCUGAUGUAGGACUACGAGUAUCAGACUACCCGACCAUUCAGGAUUACUUCGGUGACUGCAUUAGCAAAACAAACUCUUGUCGACUGAGUGUUAUGAGCAUUGCCUCGGGAAUGGAUCGUGCCUCAAACAACAACGAUUGGUCCAAGCACAGUGAUCUCAAGUUCGAUCCUAGGACAAGCUAUCUUCAUUGGGGAUGGCAGUUGAAAUUCAACUGUGGAGGCAACGUUGCUUAUGUUGGGGAUACGAUGCUUCGUACCUGUGGAGGAGCGGGCUUCAAAACUGACCUGGGCUUAGAGAGGCUGUUGAGAGAUGGGAAGGCUGGAUGGGUAAUGGGGCCCAGUGGCGAAGUAACACGUGGUUGGGUCGGCAAGUCAGCCUUAAAUGGAAUGGACACAAUCGAUUAUUGGUCCCAGACUGUUAACCACAGAGCCGUACACACCGAAUUAAAGAAAAUGAGCCCUUCGGCCAAACAAGCCCUUGUCGAUAAGCUAAUGAAGGAUUUGGCAAUGGAAGAAAGUAACUACAACGGUGAAAAUCUCUACCAAGGUUCGGAAUUUGAUAAUCCGUUUAACACUUGCCCACCAGAACACGUGAAGGAAAUCACAGUGGAUAAUGUCACCCAUAAGAAUGCGUUGAAUCCAGAUGAAUACGUUGAGUGCAAAAUCAAAGAGUGGCAAUACAUUGCUGAUAAUAUUGCUGAAUUCACGAUCGAUUUACCAGAGAGCUCUCAACACACUGGUUGUCUUCCUGGUCAAUAUGUCAAAGUUGCCAUCGCAUCUAAUGGCCACUUGACAGAGAGGUAUUUCUCCCCUACAACAUGUCCUUCUACAUUCGGCUCCAUGCAACUGGUAACAAAAUUAGAAAGCCAUGGAGAAUUUUCCAAUAUGUGUAGAAGCAAGAAACCAGGUGAUAGUGUUAAGGUGAAAGGGCCAUGUGGAGGCCUGGAAUACAAACCAAACAAGUUGGAUCGGAUAACCCUGAUCACGAGUGGCAUUGGAGUGACGCCAGCAUUACAGAUCAUCCGAUCCAUAAUGGCUAAUCCAGAUGACAAAACGAAGGUAACUCUCAUCUCUUAUGCUGAUGAAGAACCUGAAUUGCUGUAUAAAGAUGAACUAGAUGGCUAUUCAAAGUCGGGAAGGUUUACUGCCCUUUAUUCUCUUGGGACUGUAGAUGAGAAGUGGACAGGCGCGGAAGGAUACAUCGACGGCGAGAUGAUUAAAAAGAUGGUUCCAAAGAUGGAAGGCUCUCAGAAGAUCGUUAUUUGUGGGGGGCCAUCUAUGGUUAUCACUGUCGUAGAGUUUCUGAACCAAAUGGAGUAUGAUAGCUCUGAGAUUUUCAUAUUUGGAACUUUCGGGGUUAAUCAGCUGAGAUCGGUGUAUGGGCCUAAAACCAAACUAUCAACCCAUUUAUGUUGAACUCCAAUGAUGUUGGUAUUAGCAAUAUUUCAAAACAACACUUAUUGCACGCAUAAACAUAUAUUCUUGUAAUUACUAUAUACCCUACAUUUAAUUAAUAAUAACUACCAUGAAAUACGCUUGAAUACGGAUGUGAAAAAGUGGUACUCCCCAAGGGAAUUCCAGAUUAAUUUGCUUUAGUAGUUUUAAUUUUUAUAUUUCUCAUUUUUCUAAUUCAAUACUCACUUUAAAUGAUACUCAGAAACGUUGAUAGAAAUCUCUGCCAUGAGGUUUAGUACAGGAAAUCCAUGAGAAGAUGAGAAACAUGGGUCUUUGAAUGGAACACUAUUUGCCGAGUAUUUGGUUAUUUACAAUAUAUUAUUGUACUAAUAACUACAAAUAUAUAAUUAAUGAUAGUGUGCAUUCAUGCGUAUUAUGACUUUGCAUGGAAGGAUGCACACUGCAGUAUUGUUUCUAAACAUACACUAUUCACACAUUUAUAUAGACAUGUACACGCACAGUAUUACAUA